GAAAACGGUCGGGAGGCUGAUCGUGCAAAGCCGGGUCUGCGGGAGCGAGCGAGCUGGCGAGCGCCGAGGGGGAUUCCCUUAGAGGCGGCAGAGGUGCAGCCGCAGCCGCAGCCGCCGCCCGGCUCGCCAUCAGGCUCAUGGCCGAGGACGAGCUGCCCGGCGACCUGCAGUCUCUCUCCUGGCUGACGGCGGUGGACGUGCCCCGGCUACAGCAGAUGGCCAGCGGCCGAAUGGACUUCAGUGGCUCCGGCACCUUGCUGCAGCAGACAGGUCCCAUGGCAGCCAGCAUGCUUGCAGCGGGUGCCCCAGGCACCAUCAGCCACAUGCCAGGCAACAUGCCUUCCCAGGGCAUGCUGGGGCUCAGCAGCAUCGGGUCCCAGGGAGCCAGUAUGAGCCAGUACCCCAUGGGGGGCCAGCCCUCCCCAAGCCUGCAGGACCAGCCCCAGCUCUACCCGGCCCCCUCACAGCCGCCAUUCACUCUGGCCCAGGGCACACAUCAGUGCCCCCCUGCUGGAAUGUACAGCGUCUCCUUCGGGGCACAGCCUCCGUUCCCCCAGCCCCGCCUCCCCGCGCACUCGGCUCAGGACCUGCACCCCAAACACUACCCCAAGCCCAUCUAUUCCUACAGCUGCCUGAUCGCCAUGGCCUUGAAAAACAGCAAGACGGGCAGCCUCCCGGUCAGCGAGAUCUACAGCUUCAUGAAAGAGCACUUCCCCUAUUUCAAGACAGCCCCCGACGGCUGGAAGAACUCUGUGCGGCACAACCUGUCCUUGAACAAAUGCUUUGAGAAGGUGGAGAACAAGAGCAGCGGCUCCUCCCGCAAGGGCUGCCUGUGGGCCCUGAACUUGGCGCGCAUCGACAAGAUGGAGGAGGAGAUGCACAAGUGGAAGAGAAAGGACCUGGCGGCCAUCCACCGGAGCAUGGCCAACCCGGAGGAGCUGGACAAGCUGAUCAGUGACCGGCCGGAGAGCUGCCGUCGCCUGGGGGAGCCCGGGGAGCCGGAUGUCCCCGUGCUGGGCCGAGUGGUGGCUGCCGCAGCGACCGCCCAGGGCCGGCUCGCCGCCUCCCACCUCCCGCCCCAGCCCGUGAUGACCCUGUCGCUGCAGGCCAUCCCUCUGCAGCACCAGCUGCAGCCUCGCGCGGGCCUAGCCCCCGGUUCCCCGGCGGCGGCCCAGACCCCUCCGCUGCAUGCCCUGCCCGAUGUGCGCUGCAGCCCCCUCCCCACCCACCACGCGGUGAGCAGAGGCCCCGUGGACUUUCUCAGCGUUGUGGGUGACGUGAGCACUGAGGUGGAUGCUCUGGACCCCAGCAUCAUAGACUUCGCCCUCCAGGGGAACAUCUGGGACGACAUGAAGGAUGAAAGCUUUAGCUUGGACACCCUUGGGGCCUUCAGCAACUCCCCCCUGCAGCUGUCGGACUGUGACCUGGGCGCCUCGGGACUCACCCCUGUCUCCAGCGGCAGUGACCAGUCCUUCUCAGACUUACAGGUCACCAGCCUGUACACCACUUAUGCAGCCUCAGGGGACAGUGCAUCUUCCUCCUCUGCCCAGUACCUGGGCACCCCAGGCAAUAAGCCCAUUGCUCUGCUCUGAGUGGGCUGUGUCUCUUUGGCCUUGGUGAGGGAGUGGGGGGGGGGAGUCCGUCCUUGGAGGUGAAAUGGGGGGAGCCUCUGGUGCUUAGAAGAAAUGCAGGGCAGACCCCGUGAGCUCUGCUCUGCUGGAGUCCCUGACCCCAGGCAGACCCCCACCCACCAAUGAGCCUCUCCUGCUGUCUUAAUGGCCCUUAGGAAGGUACGGAGCUGUUGUUGAGAGACGAGCCUGCUAUGCUUAUAUACACCCAUGGAUUCUUUGCAUAGAAUGUGUAUCCUGGACUAUUAGGAACCACCAUCGUGUGACUGGACAAGCCACUUUGUUUCCACUCUGUGUUGAACUGUUCAGAUGGCUCUCUCUGCACAAACAGUGCAGGGUUCCAGGGUUAUUCCUGAUCCCUGGCCUGACUCCAUCCUAGGAAAAGUCCAGUCUGAUUGCAGGGCCCUGGGACGUCCAGCAUCUCCAUCAUUCAGGGCUCUGUUGUCAGCCCCAGACUUCCCUUCCUGUGGACACCCUUAAUUUAUUCUUUGAUGAGCCUUUGGUGAAGGAAGUCUCUGAUGGAUGGAGCCCAAGCCUGGGGGAACAGUUAUAGGACAGUGGUGGGAUGGAGAGCUGGAGAAUUCUGAAAUGGAUUUCUAUUGGGAGUUGGCCUGUUUCUCAUCUUCCUUAGAGAAGACAAGACAUUCCCUAGAUUUUGGUAGACUAGGUCCCCUCGGCUGUGCUAGGCAGUAUUACCAUUUGUAAAUUUAUUUAUAUUUAUUGCUACCAAUUGAGAUCACAUUCUGUGAGCUGAGCCCCUGGUUCCUUGAGUGACUGCCCCCUGAAUCACCUCUAACACAAAUUAUGGGUGAAUCAAAUCCUAAACUUGUGUCUUUGUCCCCUGUAACCUUGGCUUUCUUUUUUGAACUGUACUUUGCAUACUGUGAAACAUCUCAUUUUUUAUGAAUCAAAAACAAAAACCCAACUAUACUGUAUUGAUUCAGAGCACUUCCUCCCAGAUGAAUCGAAGGAGGGGUCCUUCUAUCCUUUCCAUAUUUUAAGAUGUUCAGUUAAAGGCUCACUGGCACGGAGUCAAGCAGCGGAGAGUUUCUGUUGGAUUUUAAGACUCGGACCCAACCAUGAUGUGUACAACUCUACAAAUGGUAAAGAAGUAGGUGGCGAUGCAUGAGCCACCUGCCAUGCUUUGCCCUUGUGUCUUCGAUGAUGUUCUGGUUCCUCCACCCUGUUUUGUCACAUAACCCAUUCUGCAGUUUUUAUCUAGGGGUCCUGGGUUGGAGGAGAUCGGGGCAGUGAGAAAUGAAGAGGAAUCAUCAACCACAAGAUAAGUUGAAAGUGAAAGGAAAAAAAGGGGUGAAAGGUUAUCCUGUGGCCCAUAGUUGGCCAACGAGAUGGCGGUUCCUCUCCCUUCUUCCUCUUUCUUGUGGCUAGACCACUUUGGAACUCAUCCUGGGUAGGGUUCGUAAGGCAGCCAUGUGUCUGCUGGGAGCAAUUUGGUCCAAGGCCUGUCUGGAGGGCGUCAUCCUUGGGGUCCCUUCUAGCUCUCCAGAUGUCCAUAGAGUAGACAGAGUACCCCAUGUUGCAUAUGCCACACGAGACUCUUUCCUGUGAUGUGGCCCAGAUCACCGAUGGUAUUUUAAUUAUUGUUAAUGAUGAAUGUUUCUUAGCGCAACACCAAGCUUCUGUAAACAUAGCGUAAUAGAAUCUUUUUC